AUCAGAACCAGGUAAAUGUCUACACAAAAUACAUAAAAUACAAACAAAACAACGAAAAACCAAGCUGAUUCUUGAAUUUCAUACAACCACACCGGAAGUUUUAAAAAGGCGUUCACAAUGUGAAGUCCACCAUAAUAAUAUAUAAGAAGAGGUAUGUUCACCAAGCGGAGACUUCACCUCGUUUGUGGUGGCUUGAUAGUAGGGAUGGUUCUUUCAUGGAUAAUAAUCUCAAUGACUGCUACAAGGACAUUGCAUGAUAAAACAGCGUCAUCUGUCACGGUUCACGCACUAGACAAUAAACUUUUGUCACAGGAUAAGUCGACUGCACCGGAAAUGCCAGUGUUGUCAGCGACUACAGUGACUACGUACAACUUGUUGGAUGACUUGAAAUCCAUCCGUCAAGACUGUGGCGACCUCUGUAAUACAUCCAGAAAAGGGUCACCAGGACCGUAUUUUGAUCAUAUCAACGCAACAAUUAAUUGUAAUGCAAUAUUAAGGAAUGAAUAUGUAGACCGUGGUCAUGGACUACCUCGUGCACCAAAAACAAUGCCAGAGGAACUAAGGAAUGAAUUUUCUAUGAAUAACCGUGUUCCACUGAAGUCCUGGUAUUUUAAUAACCAAUAUUUAGGUAAAAAAGCAGCGAGUCCUGUAUGGACAGAAAAAACUAUUGAAGACUGGAUAAUUUUAGCAAAAGAAGGUAAAUUAAAAGGCAAUUAUGGUGCAGCAGAAACAAAUGCUCUACGAGACGGAUUAAAACACGCACCGGGUAUUGUAAAUGGCAGAGUUAUGGUAAUCGGUUCAGAGAUUCCAUGGGUCGAGGCAUGCGUAUUAGAAGCAGGAGCACGUGAAGUAGUGACAUUAGAGUAUGGCAGUAUCAUAUCUGAACAUUCCAAAGUGAAAACUAUGAUCCCACUGGAUUUUCGUAUGCGUUAUCUUAACAAUACUUUAGGAACAUUUGAUGCCAUUGUUUCCUUUAGUUCUUUAGAACACUCGGGAUUAGGGAGAUAUGGGGACGCUUUGAAUCCCUGGGGUGAUAUUAUUGCUGUUGCACGCGCAUGGUGUGUGACUAAACCUGGCGGUUCACUGACUAUAGGUGUGCAGUAUGAUUAUGAUCAUGAAUACCUUAGUUUUAAUGCUGCCCGGUGGUAUGGUAAAAUAAGGUACCCAUACUUAACUACAAAUUGGAAACAACACUACAGAGGCCAUGGCAGUCAACGCGUUCACGUUUUCACGAAAUAAAAAUUAAAACACGAUGACGGACGCCCAGUAUCUAAUAUGGAUAAUUCUAUUUAGAUUGUAUGUGUUGUCUGUGAGUUGCAUGUGAUGACAGUUCUAUUUUUUAUUGUGAAUUGUUUGUAUGUAAAGUGAAACGCUGCAGAAAUGAACAAAAGGUCGUAUAAAUUAAAUCACACUUAAAAGACCACUAGCAAUAUG